AUGACAACCAGAGAGAAUUCCCCGGAUCCCGCGCCAAAAUACACCGGGGUAACGGCGUGCUCCGAGAGCCUGACGGGGAACGCCUUCCUCGUCAAUCCUCUGAUGAGCGCACGGAAUGAAUCUGACUGCAGCAACUCAGCCUACACAAGCGUCAGGACCGACCGUAGGCCACCGAACCCCGAGGUGAACUAUUACAGACUGCAGAACUGUGGGCUCUAUUCUGCCAUAAACAAACAUCCAGAAGUCGAUAUCCAGAACAUGGAGCCAGCGCAUGGCACCUACAUGACAAGCAUGGAAAUGUGGAUGGACGGAAAGAGUUCGUGCUACGUUGGUGACCCACCGGCUAACCAACAGCGAAACUGCUCAUUCCUUUGCCUCUCCCCGAGGAACAUUAAAGAGGAGAACGCGUGCUGUUUCUACGAGCCACGGAAGUGUCAGAAAACAGGACCUCCUUAUGUGGGGCACUCAGCCUUCUGGCGACUCACUCCUGGCUCGUGCGCAGGUUCUUUAGAUGACACUAACGCAGUCCCAGUGCCUGGCUACCUCCGAACUUCUGAGACACACUCACUAAUUAAAGAUUAUCAUGUAGGGUCGUUGUCUCACUUGAGACCUCAAACUGCGGUCUCAGCAGGAACUGCAGUGACUGAUCGCUUCGACGUCUUGCCCGCUACUGCAGUACAAGUGGAGGUUCGGGGGAAAAACAGCAACAAGGCAGAUAUUACCCAACCCGCAGACGUGGCACGGGCACAUCCCCGUGACAACGACAAGGAAGAAAAAGACACGUCCCCUGAUGGAGCCUUGUCCUCCCCAGAGGCCCGGAAGAACUCGGGAGUAAACAGUAAAGGAGACUCUAAAGCAGAGAUCACAGCUAGUUGGCUAACGGCAAAGAGUGGCCGGAGGAAGCGCUGCCCCUACACCAAGCACCAGACCCUCGAGCUCGAGAAAGAGUUCCUCUUCAACAUGUACCUGUCUCGAGAGCGUCGCCUAGAGAUCAGCCGAAAUGUGCACCUGACGGACAGGCAAGUGAAAAUUUGGUUCCAGAACCGCCGUAUGAAACUGAAGAAAAUGAAUCGCGAGAGCCGAAUUCGAGAGCUCACAGCCGGCAUUUGUUUUUCUUCGUGA